UUCCAUGAGAUGAUACAACGCGCGCGGUGCGCCGAGAUAUGCAGUCCGGGCCGACUUGUAGAACGUACAACAGCCACGCUGCAACCAUUUCACCGGUCCACCCCCUUCAAUUUCCGCAGCCACGCGUCGUGCAAAGCACGAGAAAACGAACCACCUUUCUCCUCUUUUCGGGAGGCUCGUCCCUUAAUAUCCACACGGACGUACCCUCGCCUCUGUGCCCCGCUGAAACCAACCAAACAGACGCAUGCACCCCGUGCCCGAGACCACGGCGGCCUCCUGGCCUUCGUGCUAGCUGCAGCGUCUUCCUCCGUACCGUUACUUCCGGCUCGUGCCGCCGCGGCCGUCAUGACUUUCCCCCUGGUGUGCUACUGCGACGCGGUGCCGCGCCCCAUCGCGGCCCUGUUCAAGGUCCUCCACGCCGUCGCGCUGGUGUUCGUGUUGCUACUCUGCUUCCUCGGUCUCUACGAGUUCCCCUACACCCCCGAGGACCACGCGCCGCUCAUCAACGGCCCCCAACGCCCUCCGCGCGGGGACGGCCCGCCGCCGGAGGCUGUCAAGCAGCGCCUCCCGCCCGUCGAGUUCCUGGAGCUCAGCCUCACGGAGCGCUCGCCAUCGAGGAAGCGGUCGCUGGCGGUGGCAGAAGACGAGGCCUCGGGGGAACCGACGUGCCGGGUGUGCCUGGAGACGCUGGAGGCGACGGACGAGGUGCGGCGGCUGGGCAACUGCACCCACGCGUUCCACACGGGCUGCAUCGACCGCUGGAUCGACCUGGGCGAGGUGACUUGCCCGCUGUGUCGUUCCCACCUGCUGCCGCGUCGGCGCGCCGGCCUACUUGGCAGGGCACGGUUGGGCUCAUGAUCCUCGAGCAGAGCACUGAUCCUGAGUCCCGAUUCCCUUGCCACGUAAGUGCAUGCCUGGGGGGCAGUUUCGUCACCUCAGGCGGUAUGUGCAGGUGCAACUGCUGCUGGAUGGGUGCGGACCAACCACGGACUGAUUGAGAUUAGGACGACUAACCACCAUGCAGUACCCUAGUGUCAAUCAAUGGUCGCUCGAUCGCAAAAUAAAUUGGAGGUUGGAGGGCAAAAUAAAGUGUACUUGAGGGAAGUGAUCAGUAACGAUCAAUUGGGUGCUUGCAGUAUCGACCCGUUUUCGUGCCUGCUGUGUGCAGCUUCAAGUGGUGAUCCACUUCGAGCGUCAUGAACGUGUAAUUAACCAAGAUAUAUGCUGUACUACUUGUGCAUGCUGAUGUGGAUGUUGUAAUAUGGUGUAAAGUUAAAAUGAUUAUAAGACAUGUUAUAUAGAAGAGUUGUCCAUUAGCAAUAGGCUUUUGACAUUUUUGAUAUGCCAA